AGGACCAGGCAACACCACACCAGUGGUGGCAGGUGCUUGGCCACUUCCAGCAGCUGUACCCCUUGUAGGCCAGCAGAAGCAGCCACAGCCAUGGCGGGGAUGAAGACGGCCUCCGGGGACUAUAUCGACUCGUCCUGGGAGCUGCGGGUGUUUGUGGGCGAGGAGGACCCUGAGGCCCAGUCUGUCACCCUCCGGGUCACAGGGGAGUCUCACAUCGGUGGGGUGCUUCUGAAGAUCGUGGAGGAGAUCAAUCGCAAGCAGGACUGGUCCGACCACGCCAUCUGGUGGGAGCAGAAGAGACGGUGGCUGCUGCAGACCCACUGGACGCUGGACAAGUACGGGAUCCUGGCAGACGCCCGCCUCUUCUUUGGACCACAGCACCGGCCUGUCAUCCUGCGACUGCCCAACCGUCGUGCAUUGCGCUUGCAUACCAGCUUCUCCAAGCCCCUCUUUCAGACUGUGGCCGCCAUUUGCCGCCUCCUCAGUAUCCGGCAUCCCGAGGAACUGUCCCUACUGCGGGCUCCCGAGAAGAAGGAGAAAAAGAAGAAGGAAAAGGAGCCCGAGGAAGAGGUAUACGAUCUCACCAAGGUUGUCCUAGCUGGCGGUGUAGCUCCUACCUUAUUCCGAGGCAUGCCAGCACACUUCUCAGACAGUGCUCAGACGGAAGCUUGCUACCACAUGCUGAGCCGUCCACAGCCACCACCUGACCCUCUCCUGCUCCAGCGCCUGCCAAGACCCAGCUCCCUGUCUGACAAGACCCAGCUCCACAGCAGGUGGCUGGACUCCUCACGGUGUCUCAUGCAGCAGGGUGUCAAGGCUGGGGACGUGUUGUGGCUGCGCUUUAAGUACUACAGCUUCUUCGACCUGGAUCCCAAGACAGACCCUGUGCGGCUGACCCAGCUGUAUGAGCAGGCUCGCUGGGACCUGCUGAUGGAGGAGAUUGACUGCACCGAGGAGGAGAUGAUGGUGUUUGCUGCCCUGCAGUACCACAUCAACAAACUAUCCCAGAGUGGGGAAGUGGGUGAGCCAGCUGCUGGAGACAUGGGCCUGGAGGACCUGGAUGCAGCCCUGAACAACCUGGAAGUGAAACUAGAGGGGUCGGCACCCUCUGAUGUGCUGGACAGCCUCACCACCAUCCCUGAACUCAAAGACCACCUCCGAAUCUUCCGGCCCCGGAAGCUGACCUUGAAGGGUUACCGCCAGCACUGGGUGGUAUUCAAGGACACCACUCUGUCCUACUACAAGAGCCAGGAUGAGGCACCCGGGGACCCCAUCCAACAGCUCAACCUAAAGGGUUGUGAGGUGGUCCCUGAUGUCAACGUCUCUGGCCAGAAGUUCUGCAUUAAACUCCUGGUACCCUCACCAGAGGGCAUGAGUGAGAUCUACCUGCGGUGCCAGGAUGAGCAGCAGUACGCUCAAUGGAUGGCUGGUUGCCGGCUGGCCUCCAAGGGCCGCACCAUGGCGGACAGCAGCUAUGCCAGCGAGGUGCAGGCCAUUCUGGCCUUCCUUAGUCUGCAGCGGGCAGGUGGAGGUGGUGGAGGCUCAGGCAACCACCCUCAGGGCCCAGAAGCCUCUGCUGAAGGCCUCAACCCCUAUGGCCUUGUUGCUCCCCGCUUCCAGCGAAAGUUCAAGGCAAAGCAGCUUACCCCGAGGAUCCUGGAAGCUCAUCAGAACGUGGCCCAGCUCUCACUGCCUGAGGCCCAGCUGCGCUUCAUCCAGGCCUGGCAGUCCCUGCCUGACUUUGGCAUCUCCUACAUGGUGGUCAGGUUCAAGGGCAGCAGGAAAGAUGAGAUCCUGGGCAUUGCCAACAACAGACUGAUCCGCAUUGACCUGGCGGUGGGUGACGUGGUCAAGACCUGGCGCUUCAGCAACAUGCGCCAAUGGAAUGUCAACUGGGACAUCCGGCAGGUGGCCAUCGAGUUCGACGAGCACAUCAACGUGGCCUUCAGCUGUGUGUCUGCCAGUUGCCGCAUCGUGCACGAGUACAUUGGGGGCUACAUUUUCCUGUCCACUCGGGAGCGGGCCCGCGGGGAGGAGCUGGAUGAGGACCUCUUCCUACAGCUCACAGGCGGCCACGAGGCCUUCUAAGGGUGUCCCACUGCUCCAGAGUUCGCUCACCACCUGCCAUGGCCCCUCCCGAGCCUACACCCACAUGGACUCACUGCUCCACCCUUCCCAGCAUGCACCACACUGGGCACCUUCACCUGCUGUCACUGGCCGACCAGGGUUCUGGCUGAACCAGACUCUGCCACCACCCAGGCUAGGGCCAGUGGGCCCUGAGCUACACGUAGCCCCUCCUCUCAUUCCACUGGCGGAAGCUCACACCCCUGACCAAUCUGUUGUCCUUAAGCACAGGAGGAAGACCAGGUUUGGAUAAGGGAUGAGGGAUCCCAGUUUCAAACUGGAAUUUCUUUCUUGCGACUAUUUUAGAUUUCUUUUUUUUUUUAAUAAAUAUUUUAUUGUUGAAUC